ACUGUAUUUGUCAGGUAACGCUACGUACGUUCGCUCACCUGGCUCACAGUUUAAUCCCAACACGGUUUAAGAAUCGCAACACCAAACGAAAAUGCACGAUUUUUCAAAAUUCACCAGUGUCCAGUGAGAAAAUUUUGAAGCUUUGGACCUACAGAUCAGUUGAAUGAUGACACCGCUCCGGUUAUGUGCUAUCUACUGCUUCUUCAUUUCUAUUUCUUCAACCAAUUCAGCGUUUCCUCCAAGCCUGCGAUAUCCAAUACCGAUUUCUGUCAACAAAAUCACUGCUGCUAACUUAACCUGCGAUGUAAGAAGUUUCAACGCCACUGUUACCCUCCAACACCCAUUCAAAGGCCUUCUUUUUGCCAAAGAUUUUUCACACGAAUGCAACGUCCUUGGAACUUUAUCAAACUCUGUCACAAUAAAUCUCCCAACUUCCGGUUGCGGAAUUAGACUAAGUUCACGAACAAACGAAAGAGGAGAAAAAGAAAUGGUGUAUAGUGUUGUUCUGGUGGCACAACAAGACCGCCAUUUACGCCAAAUUGCUGACCAAGAAAAAUACCUCGAGUGCAUAAUCAAAGACGACGCUUUUCUCAUCGAAAGUCAACCCGUGGUUGAGGUCUUGAAGAACGAUUUACUCGAGCGAAGAGGCAAAAACCAGCGGAGUGGCCGAAUGAAAAAGGAGCAAACCGAGGACUUGGAACACGAGUUGCGGGAAACUUUGAAAGCUUCCCGUGCCUGGAUGGAAAUCACUCCGGAAGAAGACUUGUCAAAAUCCGGUGGGACUUUGAAAGUUGGCGAAGCGGCAAUUCUCACUGUCAAGUCCACUCUUCCUGCUGGAAUCGGCUGGAAGGUGGUGGAAUGUACCGCCCAUGAUGGUCUUGGUGACUCUUCGCAGAAGCUCCUAGACGAUGAUGGGUGCCCCAUCGAUGAGCUCUUGCUCCCAGUUCCUAGAAUGGGUCCGAUUCAACCCAUCUCAUUAAUGAAACAUCAAGAAGCAAUAUCGAGGUUCGCAGCCUUCAAGUUUCCGGAUCGAGAUCGACUUCAUUUGUCGUGUUUUCUGGAAUUGUGUCGUGGGACUUGUCCCGAGGUCGAUUGCACCGACAAGAAUUCCACUGACAAUAGAUUAGGACGAACUUUAGGUGAAGGAGAGGUUUUAGACCGGUUGAAAGUCUUCAAUAGUGUGGAAGUGUUGGCACCGGCUAUUGACGACUUGAGGAAAAGCGAAAGGUUGCAAAUCAGUGAACCCACGACGUUCCCUUUUUCUAACCUUCCAGGCGACCGGACAUUCUGCGUCUCUCCGGACAAAGUCGCCAUAACAUUUUGCAUCUUAGGUAUCAUAUUCCUAUGUGCUGUUGUCGUAGCAGCGUGCGCUUUGCUCAGAAGUCGCAAAAACGGGGACCAAAGUCCCUUCUACCCCAGGAGUUUGUUCUCGAGUAGCACAAGCGGGUCGGCCUAUGGCAGCAAGCUACUCCUGCACGAAAGUCCAUGUAUGGAUCAGUCGCCAAGGAGAAUGCCUUAUGGCCGGAUGUCAUAACACAACACUCUGUAUAUAAAUAAAUAUUUUUGGGGCGGUUAAUGGUGGGUUUGGGGCUUCGUUUUGUACGGGAAUUCAUCCAUUCUAUUCUUGAAUGUGAAUCCAGACGAAGUACGUUUAUCUUUAAACAGUAUUACAUGCUUCAUGAUUACUUGAUAUAGAAUUUCAAGUACUCAUCAUAUUGUGUUGAGAAAAAAUGUGAUACGAAGAAAAUAAAAUAAAUUAUGUUUGAUUUUUUAUACA